CCACGUUUCACUAGGGAGGCGUUACCCGUGUCCUUGCCUCAUAAAUAAAAAAAAAAACAAACGCGCGCUUUUCAUCUGUGGAAAAAAAUUAUACGCGGGAAAAUUUUAAAUGUCAAAUCGCAUUAAUCGUUGGCAUUAAAUUAGGUGUGUGAGUGCAUUUCUUAAAUGUGUUUUAUAUAUACUUUUUGAAGGAAUUAAAGUCAUCGUAUUGGAAAACAUAAAUGAUAUUACAAGAGAAUAAUGGGAUUACGGGACAGACGAGGAAUGUACAUCUUAAUGUUGAUUUUAUAUGGAAUAGCUGAUAUUGACACCAGUCUCCCAGUAGACAUAGGAUCUGAAGAAAAAGUGGUACCCCCUACUACCGUAACCCCUCCAACCCCCUCCCCCACUACAGUCACAGUAUCAAACACUUACGCAACAGCCAUUCCCCCCGUUCCCCCCAGUAACAGGGACAGGUACCUCACCUUCGCGGAGUCAGGCCAUCACCAGACAUUCAUGUUCGCGAAAGACAAUACCUAUAUUCAACUUGAUGGGGACAUCAUACAAAGAUUCCAAUUAAGAUUAUGCAGAGAAAUAUCUUUUAAAUUCCGUACAAGGCUUCCCCACGGCCUUCUAGUUUAUCACAACGUUAAAAAUCCCGUUUUUAAGAUGCAACCAUAUGCGUUAUAUGUAAUUGUAGAAAAGGGAGAACUUAAAGUGGUGCAUGUGUUCGGCAAGCAUCUAACAUCAGUAACGGUAGGCAGAGCCUUGAAUAGAGACCAGUGGCAUAGCGUGGUGGUAACUAUAGAUGUGCAUGGGGCCAGACUUAUUGCUAAAGUCGAUCAGUUGAAGGAGGAAGUGUAUUUGAAGGGUCUAAGCUUUGAUACAAAUUACGGAAUCACGGACAAUCUAACAUCUGUUAUUCUUAUUGGAGGUUUGAGUUCCGAAGAAAAACUUCACGGCGUGAAAUACAUUAUCGAAUCUUUUGUCGGUUGCAUUAGCGAUAUGGUGCUAAGUUCAGGCAAAGCUGCAUCUGACCUUCUACCGAUAGUUCCACUGAUCGCAACAAAACACGAAAACGUUAAAGAGGGAUGCAUUAACAAAUGCAAAACCGUAGAAAACCUUUGUUUCGAAGGUUCCAGAUGUAUCAAUGAAUAUAACGGAUAUAGGUGCGAUUGCUUCGGAACUUUGUAUGAGGAACAGCUGUGCGACGUUUAUACGGCGACGAUACUAACGUUGCGCGGUUCCAGUUACGUGUCCUAUCGGGUGUAUGAUUGGAAAGACCGUGUCCAUUCCACCAAUACCAGGGUUAGCUUGCAUUUUAAGACACGUUUUGACGAUUCCGCGCUAUUUUACGCGAGUGGUCAAAUAGAUGAUAAGCACCAUUACAUUGCUCUUUCGAUACACCAAGAAAAAGUAGCCAUUCAAAUUGACCUAGGCGACGGACCAGUGGAAGAUUACUUAGGCAAAAAAGUCAAUAACAACCAGUGGCAUAAUAUAACAGUUAUUGUAUUAGAAAAAGAAGUUUUCGUUUAUCUUGACGAUAUAAGUGCCACUUACGAAAUUCCCGGCGAUGCGAAAUUCGUCUGUAUUGACCCAGAAAUAUAUAUUUGUGGAGGUCCAGAUUUGUAUAAAAUGAAAGGAUUAAAGUCGUUUAACAAUUUUGCUGGAAACCUUAAAUACGUAUAUUACAAUGAUGUAUCAAUAUUGUAUGAAUUGAAACAGAAUAACCCAAAGGUUCAUUAUAUUGGAGCUUUAGAUCCUGAAUUCGAAGAGAUUGACAUUGAAGUAAUUCCUAUAACGUAUCCAUUCGCGACGUCCCAUAUUUGGUGGCCGUUGAAUACCAGUAAUAGCAUUAAUUUAAUAUUUGAUUUUAAAACAAGUAAGAAUAUGGCUGUGUUGGCUUACAGUCAGAUAACAUCUGGACAAGGAUAUUUUGAGGUAAGAAUGGUAAAGGAGGAAAUAAGAUUUGAACUAGUACCAGACGUAGGUAAGAAUGUGACGGUUUUAAAGUCGGUUAAAUUCAACGUUAGCAAUGACUGGCAUAAUGUGGAGCUUGACUAUAGGAAAGGAAGAAUCAAACUCACUGUGGACUAUCAUAAUAAACACGCGCAAAUGUUUGGUUUAGAUUUUCAGUUGCAAGACAAAAUUGUGAUUGGCAGUGGUUUGAAGUCCGCUAAUCUUGGAUUAAUUGGAUGUAUGAGAAAUAUUAAAAUCAACGGACUUCUUAUAGAACCCAGAUAUGUCAUAAACACAGAGCGCGUAGUAGGUGAAGUGGCGAUAGAUGACUGUCGCUAUGUGGACCCCUGUACUCGACCCAACACUUGCGAACAUGGUGGCAUAUGCUCUAUCAGAGAAGACAGGGUCAUAUGUAACUGUGAUAAUACAGGAUACAUUGGCGAGAACUGCCACUUCGCAACAUUCAGGAAGACCUGCGAAGAGCUAGCUCUCUUAGGUUACACUAGGAACGAUGUAUACCUCAUAGAUAUAGAUGGAAAUGGUAGGUUUCCACCGGCUCAUGUAAAAUGCGAGUUUCAAAUAGAAGCCGAUUCGUCCACUACAGUUGUAGAACACAAUCUACCCAGCCAAGUGGAUGUAAGGUCAGCAUCGGGGCAAGACUUCAGCUUUAAAAUUAAAUACAGAGAGUUCACCGCGGAAAUGUUACAAGAGCUUAUUUCCCAUUCGUUGUUUUGCCGACAGUACAUUAAGUACGAUUGCAAUAUGGCGCCGUUGGAACUGCACAGCGCUACUUGGUUUAUUUCCUCUUCUAACGAUACUGUUGAUUAUAUCGGGAACGUUAAAAGGGGUUACUGCCCAUGCGGUGUAAACGCAACUUGCGUAAAUCCAACACAAUCAUGCAAUUGUGACGCAAAUGAGAACAAAUGGCAUUCAGAUGAGGGCACACUCGUAGAUCCAAAGAGUUUGGGAAUCACUGAAAUGUUCUUCCUACAGCAGAAGGACUUGACUGAAGAAGCUCAGGGCAGGAUUACAUUGGGCCCCUUAGAAUGUGUUGAAACUAAUACUCAACGCUACGUAGUAACAUUUACCACGUCACAAUCGUAUAUAGAAGUGCCGGGUUGGAGGAAAGGGGAUAUCGCCUUCAGUUUCAGAACUACUGGCACCAGCGCUAUAUUGUUGUUUCAACCACCGAUUCGACCCAAUUAUCCUUCAUUUAUGGUCGCAUUAACUAGUGAACACGAGUUAACGUUUAACUUUACAUUGAACACUGGAACGACGAGGAAAUUAGUGAUUAAUUCUAAAAGAAAGCUGAAUGGGGGAGAGUGGCACAAAAUUUGGAUCGAUUAUAACUUCUACCACGUUAGGUUUAUGCUAAACACGGAAUAUCAGAUGCUCAAUUUGUUACUAGAAGAAGAGUUUGGACCGUUUGAAGGAUCUAUGUUUAUUGGAGGUGCUACUGCGGAGCACCUUAAAAAAUCUGCCGUAAAUCAAGGUCUCAUUGGCUGCUUCAGGGGUUUGGUUGUGAACGGCGAAAUCCUAGAUAUAUACAGCUAUAUGUCUGUCCAUUUGUCUGAAAUCAUAAAAGAUUGUAAACCUUCUUGCGUUCCGAACCCUUGUCAGAAUAAAGCGACUUGUAAGGAACUUUGGUCAACUUAUGAAUGCAUUUGUAAGAACCGCUGGGCCCAUCUGGGCGAACAUUGUGAAGAAAAUAUAAAUGAAAAAGCGCUAACAUUCCAAACACGAGAAGCCUACUUGAAGAAAAAUUACCUAGUGGACAAUGCCACUGACGCAGAAAAAGCAAGACUCAAAAGGAUGAUGGUAGAAAACGUUCUAAUGAAUCUUAGAACUUACGACGAUAACGCCCUCGUUCUAUACGCAAAUGACAAUCUCAAUAAUUUCAUACAUCUAUUCAUUCACAAUGGCACAGAAAUCAUAUAUUUGUUCAAUAAUGAAGACGAAAUAGUAGAAAUGAAUGUCACUUAUGAGCAUAUCAAUAAAGGGGAAAGUGUUCAAAUAGCUAUCAUAAGAACUGAUAACAGCACGACGCUGCAUGUUAACGAUAGAAACACAACAGUCAAUAAAGUGGCGAAGCUAUUGUCCAAUUAUACUAAUAAACCUUGGAAGAAUCCGGAUUUAGAGGUGAUUCGUCCCCAAAGACCUCCAGCUCCUCCGACAGAUUAUUUCCAAAUGAAUUUAGGCGGUUUCGAUAGUGACUCCUUACACUUGGCUCCUAGAGCCACUCUGCUGCCGCAAGGAGGCUACGUGGGCUGCGUCAGAGGGCUCAAGAUCGCGGACCAUGUCGUUGAUUUGUCCAAGAAAGCGCAGCAGAAUAUUGAUCAGGAUCUAACUGGAGUAUUACCAGAAUGCAACAUGAAGUGCGACUCAGAGCCUUGCAAAAAUGGAGGCAUUUGUACCGAAGACUUCACGAACCAAGAGAGUAGUUGCGACUGUGAACUGACCAGUUACUUCGGGGAGUAUUGUAUGGAGGAGAAAGGUGCUGACUUUAACGGGGAGAGCAUUCUGGAGAGGAAAUUUGUGCUGCCACAGACUAUAAAUACGGUAAAAAUAAAAUUAGCGUUUUCGAGCAACGACCUUCGCCAAAAGAAUACAGUACUCUUGCUCGUACAAACAGAAAACAAACGAAGCUAUUACUUACUAGUAGCAAUAACACAAGAUGGCUACUUGAAGUUUGAAGAGGACCGAGAAGAUGCUACCUAUGGAGCUGAGGUUAAGAACAGAAACUUUUUGAACGGCGCUCGACACACAGUAUACUACACUCGAGUAGACCAUGAGACUAAACUGCUCAUAGAUAGAAUAGAAGUCCCCCUGGAGAAGCUUCCUCCCCAGGGUUUAUGGGAGAUAUUCGAUGUGGGAUCAAAUGAGGUCCAAAUUGGGGGACUUAAUACUUCUGAUCCCAGGCUCAAGAUUUAUAAGGGAUAUAAUGGCUGCCUUUCCAACAUCCUCGUAUCCAUUAACGCGUAUGACAUGAAGCCGCUGGAGGAGUACAUGCUGUUCACGCGGUCGGACGGCGCCGUGAACGCGGUGAACGCGCGCGGCGUGCGCAGCGCGCAGUGCUCCAGCGACUUCGACGAGGCGUGGGAGCGCGACCCGCUCGGCGCUGACAACGGCAGCUUCCUUAUCAGCGUAGACAAAACAUGGGUAGAGGACCCCCCCUCGCGUAUACCGUUCGACUCUCGCCACACUCAGCCGGACGCUGAGGAAGAAAGCGCUGACAGAAUAUUCAUUGCUCUCAUCGUAGUUUUCGUUUGUGGCCUCUGUUAUUGUGGAUCACAUAUGUGGAGAACCCAGAAAGCAUACAAAUUACGAUUAGAAAAGGAAACGGAUGAAAACAUAAUGAGGAAUAAAGAAAAGGCAACAAAGUUACAAGAACCCAGUGUGUCGUUUAUGCAGUUAAACAAAGACGACGUUGAUAAAGUAGAAGCAGACAAGAAAUCUAAUGGAGUUGUAAUCGAUGUUGUUCCAACUAUAAUAGUCGAAACUAAUGAAGAGAAACCACCCAGCAGGAGAGGCUCAUUGCGGUUUAGAGAUAUGGUAGACAAAGAAAUAGCGUGGGUGCCUUUAGAAGAAAAGGACGAACCCUCUGAAAACGAAGAAGAUGACACUUCUGAAGAAUCCUCAAAUAAUGAUGAAGAUGAAGAAGAAGUUAAACCAACACACAAUAACAUUCGCUCUUCACUCACACAACUUCCAUACAAAAUUGACGAAGAAACCGCCAUCGAAUUAACAACCAAUGCGUAAGAAAAAUAAAGAAAUAGUACCUAUACAUUG